UGCCUUCAACUUUUUUCAGUUGAGGAGUAGAGAAAUUGUAGCUUGUGGAUCAUUAAUCAUGGGCAGAGCUCCUUGCUGUGAGAAAAUGGGAUUGAAGAAAGGGCCAUGGACGCCAGAAGAAGAUCAAAUCUUGACCAACUACAUUCGUAAAUACGGCCAUGCUAAUUGGCGGGCUCUACCUAAGUUAGCCGGUUUGUUGAGAUGUGGAAAAAGCUGCAGACUACGGUGGAUUAACUACUUACGUCCCGAUAUUAAACGAGGCAACUUCACGCCGGAAGAAGAGGAAACCAUCAUCAACUUGCAUCAGAUUCUGGGAAAUAGGUGGUCAGCAAUUGCAGCAAAAUUACCAGGGAGGACAGACAAUGAGAUAAAGAAUGUGUGGCAUACCCACUUGAAGAAAAGGCUCAAACAAAAACCAAACACAAUUAUUUCACAAAUAAAAAAUGAACCUUCUUCUCUAACAUCAAAAUCGUCAGAAACUCCCACCUCAUCUCUCCCACUUUCUCCACAAGCUUCUUCUUCUGAAAUUACAAAUAACAUGGAGGAUAUUUUCCCAGAAAUUGAUCAAAGUUUCUGGUCAGAUUUUUCAGAGAUCAGCAAUGAAUUAGAACAAGACUAUUCUUAUUAUGGCCUGGAUUCAUCAGUUUCAGGUUUGGAUGAGUUUUGGUACGAGCUUUUCAUUAGAGCUGGAAAUGGACAAGAUCAAUUACAGCAACUUUGGUCUUGAAGUUAUCAGUCAAAUUGGCCUUGGAAUUUUUGAUUUUGACAAAUGAUAAACCCAAGUCUUGGUCUUUCAUUUCAUGUGCCAGCUGAUUAUACUUUUUUGUACAGAAAAUUACUUUUUCUUCUAACUUUUUUUAUUAAACCCAUGCCACGUCUCUAAUUAUUUAUACACUGCAUCGUAUACAUUCUCUUCUCCAAUUCUGUCACCUUGAGUUUUUAUUCAGUCCUUUUCUGAAUUAAAAAUAAAAAUUAAUUAAAACCAACAUGGUUCUUGCUCACUCUUCUUACCCUCAAUCUAAAUGGAUGACCAAUUGAGACAAAUGCAU